UUCAGCACAAAAAUGUCAACAACAAUAGGGCAAGUUCUAAAUAGUUUAGUAAACAAUGAGCUUACAAGAUAGAUUAAAACCCGUGCUCAAAGUUCUAAAAAUAGCUUCCCUAUGGGGCGGCAGUGGCCUCUUUAUUGCGUAUCAUAUUCGCCAAACAUACAGAUCUAUCAACAAUGUUGUGAACACGAACGUGCUCGACAGAGAGAAGAAACAUUCUGUCCAGUACAUUUACAUCGAUGACCCUUCGUAUGGAGCGACAAUGAAACUAGAGCAGGAUAAGGAAAGCAGGCAAUCUGUGGGCCUAGCGCGUAUCUGGAAGAGCUUGAAGCAUUCCCUGGCGUGGAGACUGCUGUGGCUGUGCAGGCAUGGGAAUAAAGAGCAGCGGAACAUAGCGCUGGAACAGCUGGCAGCGUUCAAAAAUAACAAGCACUGGGACUGCCUGAAGCUCGCACAAGCGUUGGAUAAAAAUACAGCGGUGUUGCUUGCGCGCACCCGCGGCGCUGACCUGCGCUACUUCCUACCGCCGCCCAUCCACGUGCGACGCGCGGCGCUCACGUCCGAACUCAUGUCCUUCAAGUUCCGCGACUUGAUCAUGUCUGCCCAAAAUAUCAACCCCCAUGGCUGCAUCAAACACUUUCUAUCCAAAUACUUUGCAAAUGUACAAGAACAAGCCAUGGAAGUAGAUAGUAUUCCAAUGAAACCAGACAGUAUUAGUGAACGAGACUUGUGCGUCCUCUGUUUGGAUGCAAUUCAUCACCACCUCACUUUAUUCCACAGUAAAGUUUACGAAGAAGAUAAUUUAGCGAAGACCUUAGUCAAUAUAGGUCUUUUGGAUAAAUUAGCCGAGCUAUUACUAAGAAACCCAGGCGAUGCUGACCUUGAUCUAGCAGUACUUAGAAUACUCACUGUUUUAAGUGUGCAUUCCCAUUUGUUGACUGAUUUUUUCCAAAAUGGUCUCAUCGGAGAACUAUCACGGCUAGUUAAGUCUAGUGAUGUGCGCCUAGCCAGUUCUGCAGCAGUCUGUUUGGCUAACUUAUCUGGAGAGUAUUGCUAUAGACCAGGCCUGUAUCUCCUCCAUCCUAUUUACCGGACAAUAACCCCUCACUCAUGUGACACUCUUUUGGUUCACGGUCUGAGGGGUGGGGUAUUUGUUACUUGGCGGCAACGAGACCGCAAAUGUGCUGAACCCAUUGGCAUUAUUGAUGUCACUAUAUCUGAUGUUGAAUGUGAAGCUUGUGGUGAUGGGACCCCAGAUACUAAAUAUCUAGAUCCUGAGUUUCAGCAAGUUAUUGAAGACUUGAAAGAGAUUGAAGAUGAGUCACUGCUAUCUGAUUUUGAAGUAAUUUUACAUGAUAUCCCAAUUGAGGCCAAAAGAGAACAUAAAUCUAGUAAUACAUACACCGCUAGAAAGAAGCUUGUGGCGUUAAUAGAAGAGGAGGAAGACCGAUGUAACUAUACAUUCUGUUGGCCAAAGGAUUGGUUGCCAAAAGACUGCAAUAAUUUAAGAAUAUUGGGAAUAAAUUAUUGGAGCUCACUUUCUGAGUGGUUGGAGCGGUGCCCCCUGCAAGUAGCUGAUAUAGAAAGCAGAGCUUCAGAUUUGGCACCUACUUUAGUUGAUGCUGGUGUUGGAAGCAAAAACAUCCCGGUGGUGUGGCUCGCUCAUUCAAUGGGUGGAUUGAUUGUAAAACAAUUGCUUGUGGAAUCAUCGGAGAGUAGUGAUGCAAGUCUGAAAAGCUUAUCAAAUAACACAAAAGCAGUUGUAUUUUACAGCACACCACACAAGGGCAGCGCUUUAGCCACAAUGCCUCGAGCGGCUGCUGCGGUACUUUGGCCUUCCAAUGACGUGAGGCAGCUGCAAGAAAACUCGCCGACCUUGCUAGAACUUAAUAACAAAUUUAUUAAAUUUGCAGAUAAAUUUGCUUGGGAAACGAUAAGUUUUGCCGAGACACUGCCUACUCUAGUCACUGCAUUUAAAGUUCCUGUUCAUUUUGUGGAGUCGGUGUCUGCUGACCUUGGCAGAGGGGUAUUCUACCAGUUACCGCUAGACCACUUAUGUAUUUGUAAGCCUGCAACUAGACAAUCUAUUUUAUAUACAACAGUAUUAGACGUGCUCCAAAGAGUUACAACUAAGGAUAUUGAAUUAAAAUACUCAAACCCACUUGUUCAAUGGAUAAUGAGCUUAGUGUGUUGGAUUUUAAGGAAUAGAUCUAAAAAAGAGGUUAUAGAAACCAUAGAAGAGGCACAUAGUAAUGAUGCUCUUGGUUGGUUUGAACAGUUUUUACUUGAUACAUUCACAGAUGGUUUUACUGAUUAAUUUUAACGCUAGUUAAAACUAUUUAUAUAUUAUGUAACUAGAUAUCUUUCCACCUUCAUAAAAAAAUAAAAUAAAAGAAACAAACA